ACCGUAUAUUUAUAAACAUUAUUGAACAACGAAUGCCGAAUAAAUAAGCCAUUGAGUGUCAAAAUAAAAUAUUUUAUAAAUUUUUAAAUUAUUGGAAAAUGUCUGGAAAAGGUUACGGUGGAAGAAAUUCUCACCAUCGUCGAUAUGGUGGACAUCGCAAUGUGGAUAAAUCGAAAUCGAUUGUUGUUGGUGAUAAAAGUCGCGAAGUAAUGGAAAGUAUUAAUGAAAAUUCACCAGUAAUUCAAAUGUUUAAACAAUAUUCAGCUGAAUUGGAUGCAAAACAUGAUCGUUACGAGCGAAUUGUUAAAACUAGCCGUGAUAUUACAAUCGAAAGUAAACGAAUUAUAUUUCUUUUACACAAUGUCGACAGGGAUAGCAAAAAAGAUAGUAUUCUAAAGGAAGCUGAACAACGAUUAUCAACGUUAGUGAAUGCUUUUUUUAAAGUAAUUGCAUUUGAGUUGGAGAAACAAGAUCCGUAUCAAUUUUCCCGUGCUUAUUCAGCCGGUCUACAGGAAUAUAUUGAAGCAUUAACUUUUUUUCAAUAUUUAAGCAACAAAACAAUCGAAGACUUUGCUGCCAUUCAAAAAACUUUGAAAUAUAUGGUAACAGAUCUCGAUAAAAAAUUGAAAUCAUCUGAAGAUUCUCCACCUAAUGAUAGUCCACGCAAUGAACGUGAAAUAUGUACUUUAUUACCACCAUCUGAAUAUAUUCUAGGUUUAGCUGAUUUGACUGGUGAAUUAAUGCGUAAAUGUAUAAAUAAUUUAAGUUCGGGAAAUGUAGAGGGCUGUUUUCAAACAUGUGAUUUCGUACGAAAUAUUUAUAAGGGCUUCUUAGGUAUUAGUAAUGCACACAAUUCUAAAGAAAUUGGUAGAAAAUGUUAUAUUUUAAAACAAAGUUUAACUAAAAUGGAAUUAGUUUGUUAUAAUAUUGUAGUACGAGGUAGUGAGAUACCCCAACACAUGCUGGCCACAGUUGUUACACAAACUUCAGAUCCUGAUAGUACUGAGGACGAAGGAUAUUAUUAACUCUAAAUUUUUUGCUUAUUUAUGAUUUCUUAUGAUUAUUAUA